AUGCUUUGGAUUGAGCCCGGCGCGCAGGCGCAGUGGAGAGCAAGCUCAACUCGUUGGAAAGCUGCUAAACGGGAGAACAAGCCAGCUAUCCAUGGCUCAUCUGGGCUUUGCUUGUGAGCCUCCUCCAGAUGUGGACACAGAUGACUGUCUUCAGGAGUAUUCGUAUCUCUUCAAUCCUGACAUCCUCAAGGGUAAGGUUGCUUUCAUCACAGGAGGCGGCUCUGGCAUUGGAUUCCGCAUCGCUGAGAUUCUGAUGAGGCAUGGUUGCCGGUGUGUCAUUGCCAGCAGAAACCUCCAACGGCUGACAGAGGCUGCCAAGAAACUCUCCACAGCCACUGGUCAGAGAUGCCUGCCCCUCACCCUUGAUGUGCGGCAAGCUCAGAGCAUUUCAGCAGCCGUGGAUGAGGCCCUCCGAGAGUUUGAGAAGAUCGACAUCCUAGUUAACAGUGCUGCCGGAAACUUCCUUUGCCCCGCAAGCUCUUUGUCGUUCAACGCUUUCAAGACCGUGAUUGAAAUCGAUACCUUGGGCACCUUCAACGUCUCCAAGGUCCUGUACGAAAAGUGCCUUCGGGAACAUGGCGGCGUCAUUGUCAACAUCACAGCGACCCUCAGCUACAGAGGCCAGGCUCUCCAGGUGCAUGCUGGGACCGCCAAGGCAGCCAUUGAUGCCAUGACAAAGCAUCUUGCUGUAGAGUGGGGACCUCAACGAAUUAGAGUGAAUAGCCUUGCCCCUGGUCCCAUCUCAGGCACGGAGGGGUACCGUCGCUUGGUUCUACCUAGCCUGGAAUCCAUCAACUUCCACCAGAACAUUCCCCUUAAGCGGGCCGGGAACAAGACGGAGAUCGCCCACAGUGUCUUAUAUCUGGCUAGCCCCCUCUCUUCAUAUGUGACCGGCACAACGCUAGUGGUGGAUGGUGGAUCCUGGAUGACUUCGGAGAAUUACUUUCACUCGCUGUUGGAUUUCUGGAGCACGGAAUUAAAGAAAGAUACAUGAGAAAAGGACCCCUGAACAUUUUAAGAAAAGGACCUGGUGCCUUGAGUGCUUCUCUGCAAACCGUCUAGGGCAGUGUACGAGCAGCAGACACUCCCCUUUUCUAGCUGCAAGGUAGUUUAGAUAACUUGGACAAUGCUGGUUUUUAAGAAGAUGGGUCUUGAUAUCACAGGAAAAAGGGUGGUGGUGGCGGCACAGGAAGCUACAGGCUGACCCACCACCAUGUGCUGUAUCUCAUGAAAGGUGGUAGGCAGUGAGGUCCACCAGUGGCAGAAGCAUUUUUGGCUGUGAUUUGAAUUGUUUGUAAGCCUUAGUAUCAUUUGCCUUGGCCAAGAUGCUUCCCAACUCAUUCUCAAUUGUGAUUUUGG